UCAGCGUCACUCAGGGUUAGGUUGUCGUCUGUCGACUCCGUGUUGAAUACAUUGAGAGGACAGGAGCCAAGCAUAGGACACGCGAGGACGGAGAGGCACAGCAUCCUAAAUGAAUUGCAUCACAGUUGGGACAUCGAGGAUUUACUGGACAUAAAAGCGUUUGCGCGUACCAGAAGAAUCAGUUGUUAUAUCAAUAAUUGGGCUGCUGCAAUUUGAACUUGAUCAAAUUCGGUAUCAGAACAUGUCAAUCUGGUGGCCUCCGGACCUUGCAAUGAGAUAACAAUUUAUUUGGCAACAGAUCAAUAUCUUAAAGAAAAGAGGCACAUUGCAACAGGUCUACAUAUUAUUUAGGAGAGGAGGACAAUAAAGAGCAUGCAUAUUAUAAUUGAGCAGUAAAGGCAGACAGUAUCAAGACUGAUUGGAUCUGACUACACGGCUGGAUUAUCAAUAGCCCCCCCCCCCCCCCCCCCCCGUUCAUUUGAGAUUUAUUUCUUCGGAGCCUAAGUGGAGGCGACGCUGAACAAACCCCUGUCAAGCGAUCAAAAUGAUGCCGAUGUUCCUCACCGUGUUCCUUAGCAACAAUGACCAGCAUUUCACAGAAGUGCCGGUGACACCAGAAACAUUGUGCCGAGAUGUGGUGGAGCUGUGUAAAGAGCCAGGGGAGGGCGACUGCUAUUUGGCUGAAAUGUGGCGAGGAACAGAGCGUGCCAUAGAUGAUGGUGAGCGGAUGCUGGAUGUGCUGCAGCGUUGGGGUCAGCAGAGAGGGGAGGUUCGUUUUCUCCUGCGCCACGAACGAGCGCCUUGUCGGGAGACAGGUGGAUCGAGAGCUCCGGAGCACCUAGCCAAGAGAAACAUGUUGAAGGGAACAGUGGACAGACGCAUGGACAAUGGAGUUCCUCCUCGCAUGGACAUUACCCUGUCAGAGUUACAGGAAAUGGCGUCACGUCAACAGCAACAGAUCAAUGCUCAGCAGCAACUUCUGGCCUCAAAGGAGCAGCGCCUGCGCUACCUGAAGCUGCAGGACCAGCAGCAGCAGCAGCAACAGCAGCAGCAGCAGGCGUCCGAGCAGGAGAGGCUGCACCAGCUCCGCCAGAACGCCCAGAACCAGGAGGCCAAGCUCAGGAGGGUGCGGGCCCUGAAGGGCCAAGUGGAGCAGAAACGCCUCAGCAAUGGCAAACUAGUGGAGGAGAUCGAGCAGAUGAAUGGCUUGUUCCAGCAGAAGCAGAGGGAGCUGCUGUCGGCCGUAACCAGGGUGGAGGAACUGAGUCGCCAGCUGGAGACCCUGAAGAGUGUGAAGAUGGAGCCCCCUCACGACGGGCCCAGCUCCACCAGCGAUCUGGAGCGCCUCUACAAGGAACUGCAGGUGAGGAACAAGCUGAACCAAGACCAGAAUGUGAAGCUGCAGCAGCAGCGCGAGAGCCUCAACAAGCGUAACUUGGAGGUCGCUGCCAUGGACCGCCGGGUGGCUGAACUGCGUGAGCGUCUGUGGAAGAAGAAGGCAGCUCUGCAGCAGAAGGAUAACCUACCCCUUCCUACAGACAGCCAGAGUCCUCAGCAGAGUGGUACUUCCAGAGUGGCAGCAGUGGGCCCCUACAUUCAGUCAUCCAGUACGGCCUGCGGGCCCCCAGUACCCAGCCGGCAGGAGGUGCUGGUCAAGCCUGCCUACCCAGACGGCACCGCCACUUUACCAAUGCCCGACUCCUCCAUGAAGGCGCCUCCCAGACCGCUCAAACCUGCCUCAGGUUUCCAUCCAUCCAAGACAUCCAAGGUCUCCGAUUGGACCAUCUCAAAUGGAGAAGCGAGCGGAGGUCACGCCUACUCAGCCACCCUCCCUCGCAGGUCAAGCCUUCACUCCCAAGAAUCAAAUGUGGAGAUGAAAGGACACACCAUGCUGGAAGCUCCACCCCCCAUCCCCUCACGGAACAAUCAGAGCAGCGAGGACCUCUACAGGGACACCCAGGCUGCUGGAAAGAGUCUCUCAAAAAUGCCACCACCGGUACCUAGCAAGCCUAAAUCAAUGUCCCAGCCUGGCCCUCCCAUUUUUAGUAAACCCCCCUACAGCACUGGCACCUUCCCUGGCAAGGCCAAACCUGCUGCCCCCCACCCCCGUCCACCGCCAUCUGUUCCCAGCCACAGCCACACGCUACCCCUGCCUCCCAAGCAGGAAACCCCGCCGGCGGCCACGGUGCGACCUUUCACCCCUGACCCUCCAGAGCCCCCACCUCCACUGCUGCAGAAGCCCCAAACUGUGGCGGCCUCCUCCAUCUACUCCAUGUACACACAGCAACCGACCCCAGGGAAGGGCUACCCACAGUCAGGAACAGGCACCCUGACACGCACACAGCCCAGAGUGUAUGGAAAACCAGUCAUCCCAGCCAGUGGGGGACAGCAGUCUUUCACCACAGACAAUAUUUACUCUGAAAAGGUCUCUGAGACUGAGUUGGACCAGGGGGCCCUGGCCACAGCCGUAGCCCCUGCCAGCGAGGGCCCGGGUUCAGAGUCGGAGCGUGCCCCUCGGCCCCUCAGCCCCACAAAGCUGCUGCCCUUCAUCUCCCACCCCCACCGCCACCCCAGCGAUGCUGACCUGGAGGCCCUGCGCAGGAGGCUGCACCACGCCCCGCGGCCCCUCAAGAAGCGCAGCUCCAUCACAGAGCCUGAGGGUCCCGCCGGCCCCAACAUUCAAAAGCUUCUCUACCAGAAGACGACUCUGGCUGCUAUGGAGACCGUGGCCGCAGCGGGGGUUCCCACAACGGCCUCGUUCUACCAGUCUGACGAGGUGGAGGUGGGGGCGGGUAAGGCCGGAGGCUCCCCGGGACACGUGUGGGCGCACCGCGGCACCUUGGAGCCGCCGCCCGUCGAGAGCGAGGAGAACGUUCAGAAGCCUCCUCCACUUCCUCCUCGUCUGCCCAUCCCUUCACCCUCGCCCUGCCAUUCCCUGCCCCCGCCCCUGGAGGAGGAGGAACAGGAGCCCUGCCCUCUGGCCCCUGUCCAUCCUGAGACUUACCUAGAGGAGUACCCCCCCUACCCUCCUCCACCCUAUCCCAGCUCCGUGGAGCCCGACGUAGGAGAAGACACCCUGGACAUGCAGCCUCCUGAGGUGACGGGACAGAUCACUCUGCCACCGGGCAAGAGGACCAACCUGCGGAAGGUGGGUUCUGAGCGUAUCCACCACGGCAUGAGAGUGAAGUUCAACCCCCUGGCCUUGCUGCUGGACUCCUCUUUAGAGGGAGAGUACGACCUGGUGCAGAGGGUCAUCUAUGACGUAGAGGACCCCAGCUUGCCCAAUGAUGAGGGCAUCACAGCUCUGCAUAAUGCUGUUUGUGCUGGCCACACCGAGAUUGUCAAAUUCCUGGUGCAAUUUGGUGUCAAUGUGAAUGCAGCUGAUAGCGAUGGAUGGACCCCCCUGCAUUGUGCAGCGUCCUGCAACAACGUGCAGGUUUGCAAGUUCCUGGUUGAGUCCGGGGCUGCUGUGUUCGCCACCACUUACAGUGACCUGCAGACGGCCGCGGACAAGUGUGAGGAGAUGGAGGAGGGUUAUGCCCAGUGCUCCCAGUUCCUCUACGGGGUUCAGGAGAAGAUGGGCGUCAUGAACCGAGGGGUGGUGUACGCGCUGUGGGACUAUGACAGUGAGAGCGACGACGAGCUGGCCUUCAGGGAGACGGACUGCAUGACCGUGCUGAGGCGUGAUGACAAGGAGGAGACGGACUGGUGGUGGGCUCGUUGUGGAGACAGAGAAGGCUACAUUCCAAGGAACCUGCUUGGGCUUUAUCUGAGGAUCAAGCCACGGCAGAGAAGCCUGGCCUGAAUGCUGUUGGCUGUGCUAAGAGAUGGAUGGGAGCCCAGCAUGACUUAACAUGUCAAAGACAUGAAAAUAAGUUCUUGUUGAAAGGGCACACUAGCACUGAAUCUCAGCAUUUCGUUUUUGACCUUGAUCAAAGGGUCACAGCAACAAGGCCAUACAUUGCUUUGAAUACAUUUCACGUGCGUGCAGGUUGAAAUGCCAGUAUGACCAGAAGGAAUGUCCUUGUUGUAUUACAUUUGUAAUGAAGAGGAUUUUUUUCUAAACAGUGUUUUUUGUAAAUCUGAGCGCUGUUUCUGAGCACAUUUGUUUUGUAAAAGUUAGUAAAUAUUAUGAUGAAGCUUUUUGUAUCUCAUGGCAAGAGGCCAACAUCUACUCUCAAGCCUUGGUUGACAAUGUGCCGUGAUAUAUUAUCACAGGAAGCGAGCAGUCAAAGCGUUAUUACGCUUGGACUCAAUGCUGUGUAAUUUUGUCCUGUUAUUUUUUUGAAUUUCAUAUGAAUGUUAUUUUUUCAUGUGUUAAUGUGUUAUGCGUGUGUGAGCAGUGUAUGUGUGCCGUGUAUGUGUGUAGUCUAGCAUGCAGUUUUAUCAAGUGCAACUACAUAAACAAUGAAUGUCGAUUUGCACAAGCUUAAUAGGUUCCUUGGAUGGAAUAUUUUCGAAACCCUUCCAUCAAACUGACUUCAUACAGAAAGACAAGCAUUUGUUGACAAAAUGUGUGAGGAAAUGUUUAAGCCUGUUCUUACUUCAACGAUAAAAAAGAAUAGUAACUGUCAUGUAAAAUAUCUGUUGAUCAAGCCAAAUAAGUAAAUUGCUAAUAAAGAAAUCCCAUUUAAAACUCAUCUUUAAAACACGUAUUAUUGCUGCAGUAAAAUGUGAUCCAAG